AUGGCUGUCACACACCUAACUAUCCCCCUCCUUUUUUUUUUUUUUUUUAACCUCAGGUUGACCCCAAAGAUUGGCUUUCCAUGGAGUGAAAUCAGGAACAUCUCUUUCAAUGACAAAAAGUUCGUCAUUAAGCCCAUCGACAAGAAGGCGCCUGACUUCGUGUUCUAUGCCCCCCGCCUGCGCAUUAACAAGCGGAUCCUGCAGCUCUGCAUGGGGAAUCAUGAGCUGUAUAUGCGCCGCAGGAAGCCCGACACCAUUGAGGUGCAGCAGAUGAAGGCCCAGGCCCGGGAGGAGAAGCACCAGAAGCAGCUGGAGCGGCAGCAGCUGGAGACCGAGAAGAAGAGGAGAGAGACCGUGGAGAGAGAGAAGGAGCAGAUGAUGCGGGAGAAGGAGGAGCUGAUGCUCAGGCUGCAGGACUACGAGCAGAAAACCAAGAAGGCAGAGAAAGAACUCUCAGACCAGAUUCAGAGAGCCCUGCAGCUGGAGGAGGAGAGGCAGCGUGCCCAGGAGGCGGCUGAGCGCCUGGAGGCAGACCGCAUGGCCGCUGUGCGGGCCAAGGAGGAGCUGCAGAAGCAGGCCGCAGAUCAGAUGAAGAGCCAGGAGCAGCUGGCCGCAGAGCUAGCCGAGUACACAGCCAAGAUCGCCCUCUUGGAGGAGGCCCGGCGGCGCAAGGAGGACGAGGUCGAGGAGUGGCAGCACAGGGCCAAAGAAGCCCAAGAUGACCUGGUGAAGACCAAGGAGGAGCUGCACCUAGUGAUGACAGCCCCCCCGCCCCCACCGCCCCCCGUGUAUGAGCCGGUGAGCUACCACGUGCAGGACAACCUGCAGGACGAGGGCACGGAGUACACGGGCUAUAGCGCCGAGCUCUCCAGCGAGGGCAUCUUGGAUGACCGCAAUGAGGAGAAGCGCAUCACCGAGGCCGAGAAGAACGAGCGGGUGCAGCGGCAGCUGAUGACCCUGACCAGUGAGCUGUCCCAGGCCAGAGAUGAGAACAAAAGGACCCACAACGACAUCAUCCACAAUGAGAACAUGCGGCAAGGCCGGGACAAGUACAAGACGCUGCGGCAGAUCCGGCAGGGCAACACCAAGCAGCGGAUCGACGAGUUCGAGGCCAUGUGAGGCCUGGCCAGGACUGGGGCCGGGGGCGGGCGGGGGUCGCGGUCAAUCUCUGAAGCUGGUAUUUGUAGUUCUUUGAAUCUAGGACCCCCACCUCCCCCCCACCCCCCGUCAUAUUCCAGUUCCUUUAAAAAGAGAGUAGUUAUUGCAGUGGGACUAUUCUGGGGCUGGGGUCAGUGGAAGAUUCCCUAGUUUAUUUUUCCCAAUUGUAUCAUAGUGCCAAACAGGCCUGAUUUUUUUUAUUGCUGUUAUUGAAUCACUUCCUGUUUGUGCUUGCAGCAGGACUGACUGAAUUAAGGAACGAUGCCUGUAAGUCUGAGUAACAAACUUGAUGCUGGUAUGUGAGACACGAGGUUCAGCGUCAGUAAAACCACAUCGUGGCUUCUAGUCCGUGCCAUACUUUCUUCUGCAUUUGAAAUUAGCUCAGAUUUUGAUUUCCAUGAAGGAUCCAUCUUUGUAUAUUUAUGUUUUGAGAGGUGAAAAUUCUUUUGAAGACAGUCUAAAGCACUCACACACACAUGCACACAGUGAUUUUUCUUCUCUGCUCCUUCAGUUCAGGAUCAAUAGUGCAGGGAGGACACUCCAGCCUUGGAUAAACUUCUGUUGGUUUUGGGGGGUUUUCUCUUUUUUGCUUAACAGAGGGCCACAUUGUUGGACUCACACCUAACUAAUGAUCAGCUGUAGAGAAGAGUAUUUAUAUAUAAGUGACAAUAUGGGUUUGUAACAUUAGUUUAAAAAAGGGAAAGUUUCAUUCUGUAUAUUUUGUUACCUUUUACAGAAUAAAAGAAUUACGUAUUAAAAACCCUGUUACCAUGGCACUUGAUCUGACGUGAGGACAGUAAGGAGGUGGCUUAACCGCUGUAAUCACAUCUGUAAAAAUGACUUUUUUUUUUACUUUGAGUGCCCUUGUGCCUGUAACUGCGCAUUUCAGUUUUCUAUCCGAGCUUCCUUGAAAAAGACACACAUGCUGUUUGGCUCAUCCAGACUCCAGCUAUAGAGGGACUCUUCCCACCUGGUAUUGUCUGUUUCCACAAGAAGAACCUGCUCUGACCUCGCCAGUUCUCUCCCGCGUCCUUGAAAAUCUGUCGAAAUGUCAGCUCUCACACUCCACCGGCUCGUCCUCCUGCUCGGGUGGGAGCCGUGUGCAGGUGAGCCCUGCACCCCAGACCUGAGAAAUAAAAGCUGUGCAAGAUGA